GGACCAUGAGUAGCUGCGGGAAGAAGGCCCUGACCCUGCUGAGCAGUAUCUUCGCCGUCUGCGGCCUGGGCCUCCUGGGCAUUGCUGUCAGCACUGACUACUGGCUCUACCUGGAGGAGGGCGUGGUCCUGCCGCAGAACCAGAGCACUGAGAUCAAGAUGUCCCUACACUCGGGCCUCUGGAGAGUCUGCUUCCUGGCAGGCGAGGAACGGGGCCGAUGCUUCACCAUAGAAUACGUGAUGCCCAUGAACACCCAGCUGACAUCCGAGUCCACAGUCAAUGUGCUAAAAAUGAUUCGCUCUGCCACACCGUUCCCGCUGGUCAGCCUUUUCUUCAUGUUUAUUGGCUUUAUCUUGAGCAACAUCGGACACAUCCGUCCCCACAGGACAAUACUGGCUUUUGUCUCUGGCAUCUUCUUUAUCCUUUCAGGCCUUUCUCUGGUGGUUGGUCUGGUGCUCUACAUCUCUAGCAUCAACGAUGAGAUGCUCAACAGGACCAAGGACUCCGAGGCCUAUUUCAACUACAAAUAUGGAUGGUCGUUUGCCUUCGCUGCCAUCUCCUUCCUUUUAACAGAGAGCGCCGGAGUCAUGUCUGUGUACUUGUUCAUGAAGCGGUACACGGCUGAAGACAUGUACAGGCCUCACCCCGGCUUCUACCGCCCGCGACUGAGCAACUGCUCUGAUUACUCGGGACAGUUCCUACACCCAGACGCCUGGGUCCGGGGCCGCAGCCCCUCGGACAUCUCCAGCGACACCUCCCUGCAGAUGAACAGCACCUACCCAGCUUUGCUCAAGUGCCCCGACUAUGACCAGAUGUUGUCGUCCCCCUGCUGAGCCUUGGCUGCCCACCUCCCUUGACUGUGG